AUGCAGCCUGCGUUGGCGCCAGCACCGCAUCCCAGUAUGCAGAACCCUGCUCAGGAUCAUGCGGACCAGGUCCUCCAUGACCAGCUGCUUGCUGCGCAGCAGCACAUGCAUCGUCCCCAGGGAGCUCCUGUUCAGCAGCAUCUGCAGCCGAAUACAGGUGCUCCCCGAGACCAGGGGAACAUUGACCCUGCCAUUUCGGGGGCCAUGAUGGCUGCGGCUCCUCAAACACCCAACCCUCCUCAGCAGGGGUCACCUGAUGAUGGCACCCCGAAGACCUACGGCAAGCGAGAACUAUCCACUUCCAAGCGCGCUGCUCAAAAUCGAGCUGCUCAGCGCGCUUUCCGGCAACGAAAGGAAACGUACAUCCGCAAGUUGGAGGAAGAAGUCAAGGGCAUGGAAGGUCUACGCGAGCAGAUCAAAGCUCUCCUUCAUGAGAAUUACACCUUGCGCGACCACAUCAUCACCAUGCAAAGCCGUUUGAUAGACGCAUCCGUGGACGUCCCGGAACUUCCUCCCAACAUUGAUCUUAGCCAGCCACGACAUGAUCUUUCCUCCAUGGGUGCUGCUGUUCUCCCAAGCACAGGGCCUGCGGUUCCUGUACCUCCGGUCAACGCCCCUCAGCAACCCCAGCACACGUCAUCUGCUAAUGAAGACAUGAACUCCUUGAACCGCAUUGCCGUUGCUGGCCUUGGCAUGCGGAAACAUCCCGACGAGAAUGCGUUCCUCACCAAUACUUUCCAACCCCACACUCCGCCCAACAACAGCAAUAAUGGCAACAAGCGCCGAGAUGAGGCGCAGUCCGACGGCACUGAAACUCUCUCUAAGCAGGAAGUUCAUCACGGUCUGCCCAUGGCUUGA